GGACACCCCGCCCCCUCCACACGUGUGUCCGAAAACUUUUUAGAAGAUAGUAUAAAGCAACUCUGCUUGCAGUUUAUUAAUCUUAACUUUAACAGUUACCAGUUUCAGUAUAUGUCGGCGUUAUAAAACUAUAGUACGUCUGCUUCUAGAAUCACGGAACAUAAGAUGGCGGACCAUUCAGAACGCGAUGAAUUUACCGAGCUGCCCGAACUAAGCGAAUUUCUCCGGGAGGAUCCCUACUUAGUGCCCUACCAAGAAGACUUAUGUCGCAGGUACCAGUUGUUCACUGAGAGGUUGUCUAAGUUGGAGGAGGCUGAGGGGAGUUUUGAUGACUUCACCAGGAGUUACAUGUCCUAUGGUGUCCAGAGACAGGCUAAUAACAGCCUGAUGUUCAGAGAGUGGGCCCCGGGAGCUCAGGCCUUGUUCCUCACUGGGGACUUCAAUGACUGGAACAGUACAUCCCACCCCUACACUAAGAAAGAGUAUGGUAAAUGGGAACUUUACCUUCCUCCUAAAAGAGACAAGGCACCUGCCAUUGAACAUGAGACCAAACUCAAGCUAGUGGUACUGACGUCAGAAGGGGAGGAGUUAUUCCGUAUCUCUCCGUGGGCCAAAUACUGUCACAAACAUGUGGACUCCAACACCUACGACUGGAUACACUGGGACCCUAUUAGGCCUUUCCUGCACCAACACACCCGUCCUAAGCGUCCCAGGUCUCUGCGUAUAUACGAAGCUCACGUUGGCAUCGCCUCACCUGCGGAAGAGAUCGCCACCUACACCAACUUCACCCUCAACGUCCUGCCCAAAGUCAAAGACCUGGGUUAUAACUGUGUCCAGUUGAUGGCCAUCAUGGAGCAUGCGUACUACGGCAGCUUUGGAUACCAGGUCACCAACUUCUUUGCUGCCUCCAGUCGGUUCGGCACCCCUGAGGACCUGAAGAGGUUGGUGGACACCGCCCACUCUUUGGGGAUCACCGUCCUAUUGGAUGUGGUACAUAGCCACGCCUCCAGUAACACAGCUGAUGGGCUGAAUAAGUUUGACGGGACAGACUCAUGCUUCUUCCACUCUGGGCCUCGGGGACACCACCCACAGUGGGGCUCACGCCUCUUCAACUACCAGAGUUGGGAGGUGCUGAGGUUCCUGCUGUCUAAUCUCAGAUGGUGGAUGGAGGAGUAUCGCUUCGAUGGCUUCAGGUUCGACGGCGUGUCAUCCAUGCUCUACCACCACCACGGCAUCGCCAUGUCUUUCUCUGGUGGUUACAAUGAGUACUUUGGGAUGCAGGUUGACGAGGACUCGAUCAUACAUCUGAUGCUUUCCAACCACAUCCUACACACACUCUACCCCGACUGCAUUACCAUCGCAGAGGAUGUAUCAGGAAUGCCAGGGUUGUGUAAACCAGUGAAGAAUGGAGGACUUGGCUUUGACUACAGACUCAACAUGGCUGUGCCUGACAAGUGGAUCCAGAUACUGAAGGAGUUAAAGGAUGAGGAAUGGGACAUGGGGAAUAUCGUCUACACGCUGACCAAUAGGAGGAAGGGUGAAGGAAGCAUCGGCUAUGCUGAGAGCCACGACCAGGCUCUGGUAGGUGAUAAGUCCCUGGCCUUCUGGCUGAUGGAUAAAGAGAUGUACACCAACAUGAGUUCCCUGAUCCCCAUGACUCCCGUCAUCGACCGAGGCAUCCAGCUACAUAAGAUGAUCCGCCUCCUCACACACGCUCUGGGGGGAGAGGGCUACCUCAACUUCAUGGGUAAUGAGUUUGGCCACCCAGAUUGGCUGGACUUCCCCAGGAAGGGUAAUGGCGAGAGUUAUCAGUAUGCCAGGCGUCAGUACAACCUGUUAGACCCUGACAACAACCUCCGCUAUACACAGCUUUACGCUUUCGACAGAGACAUGAACCUCACAGAGGACAAAUAUGGAUGGCUGGCCUCCCAGAAGGUGUUGAUGACCACAGCGGACGAAAAGGAUAAAGUGAUCGUGUUUGAAAGAGCCAACGUUAUGUUUGUUUUCAACUUCCACCCCAGUAACAGCUACAGUGACUACCGCAUAGCAGCCGGGACGAACGGGAGAUAUCGUAUCAAGCUGGACAGUGAUGCUGAGCAGUAUGGGGGACAUGGUCGACUGGACACAGACACAGUGUUCUUCACCGAACAGGAACCAUUUAAAGGCGUGAACGACCAAUGGCAGCCACACUCUUUGAAGAUCUACAUUCCCUGCCGGACAGCGCUGGUUCUGGCCAAUGAAGAGCUAGAUUACUGUUACUAAGGAAGAGGGGUUGAGGGCUCCUGGUCGUUGGAUGUGUCCCGUAAUAACCUGAUACCACCAGAGGGGAGAGGAUGUCGAUCAGAAAGACCUACUGUACACACACACACACACACACACACACACAGUAAAUCAUUGUGUUGCAUGUUCAGCCCCAGCUGGUCUAGAACUAAAUAGUUUGCAGAGGCACUGGCUGACAUUUUCACUGCAGUUUAAUAGACCUCGUCUUUUUCACUGCAGUUUAAUAGACCUCGUCUUUUUCACUGCAGUUUAAUAGACCUCGUCUUUUUCACUGCAGUUUAAUAGACCUCGUCAUUUUCACUGCAGUUUAAUAGACCUCGUCUUCCACACACAGAAAGUCAAUGUUAGUCAUAUUUCUGAUAUUAGUUUUACACAAGUUGACUUCAGCCUUAUGAGUAAAAGAAAGGGACACGGAGUCAGAUUUAUGUUACAGACUUCUAUGUGUUAGUUUAUAAUACACUUUUUUUAUUGUGUUUUGAACGCUGUUUGUGCGGUAGAAACACGAUGGGAUCUGUCUCAAUGGCACCCGAUUCCCUUCUAAUGGGGAUUCCGGUCAACUGUAGAGCUGUAGGGACACAGGGAGGUAUUUGUGCCCCUUUUUUUGUUUGUCUGUUAGUUUACUGUUUUAGAGGGAGGACACAGAAACGCAGCUGACAAAACAGUGUUUAGGGUAAUAAUCUGUUACUGUAUUGUGAAUGUCAAUGUCUUCACAGUAUAUUACAGCAGACUGGGAAUUUAAAUAAAAUAUAACUUGUACUGUGAUAGAUGAAUAA